AUGAUGGAAUAUAAAGUCCCAACUAUUACAGUUUAUGAUAAAAAUGUCUAUUAUUUAUUAAGUUCAAGGGAUUUUAGUAAUGAACCAGGUCCUGCAGGAAUCUUUGACAAUUUAGGUCCUGGGAAAUCAAUGUUCCCUACUAAAAUUAAGUACAUAUUUGAGGAUGAUGAUGAUCAGUCAAUAGAGAGUAAUGAAGAAAAUGGUAUUGAUAAUGUUAUUAUAAUAGAUUUAGAUAACAAUCACUCCUUGGAGAAUGUCACUUUAUUGAGUGAUGGAUACGAGUUAUUGUCUUUUAAAGAGAAUAAGCUACCUACACCCGGUGAAAGAUCAGACAAACAGGAGUUGAAAGAUAUAUGUAACGAAAUUGAGAUCGAUGUUAUUUCUCAGUUUAGAGACCUUUCAAAAGUUUCAAAAAAUUUAAGUUUGGAUGACUUAAUUAAAAUAUAUGCAUUGCAGAAUGAACAGAUACGAACAAUAUCUGAUACUCUAUGA